AUGAGAUGGCGAAGUCACCAGAGCUAUCUCCUGUGUUGGUGCAGGAUUUCUGUUAAUAUUCCACCAUUUGGGGAACUGACAUGGCUAGCUGCCUCUGACACCACCUUAGGUGUUUGCCACGAUGAUUUUAAUACCUUCUUUAAUGAGACUGGGUCUGGCAAGCAUGUGCCAAGAGCUAUAUUUGUUGAUCUAGAGUCCACUGUCAUUGAUGAAGUUGGAGGAGGGACUUACGGACAAAUCUUUCACCUGGAGCAACUUAUUUCUGGCAAGGAAGAAGCUGCUAAUAACUUUGCUAGAGGACAUUAUACAGUUGGUCGGGCAAUUGUGGAUCUUUGCCUUGACCAAGUGAGAAAAUUGGCUGAUAACUGCACUGAUUAUGGAAAGAAGUCAAAACUUGGCUUCUCCAUCUACCCUUCUCGUCAGGUUUCUACUGCUGUUGUGGAACGUAAUAAUAGCAUGCUCUCAACUCAUUCUCUCCUUGAACAUGAUGAUGUUGCUAGUUUGGACAUUGCAGAGUUUCAGACUAACCUUGUGCCGUAUCCUUGUAUCCAUCCUAUGCUCUCAUCAUAUGCCCCAGUAAUCUCAGCUACAAAGGCUAAGAUUACAAGUGCUGUUUUUGAACCAUCAAGCAUGAUGGCUAAAUGUGAUCCAAGGCCUGGGAAGUACAUGGCAUCCUGUUUAAUGUACUGUGGAGAUGUUGUACCUAAGGAUGUCAAUGCUGCUGCUGCUACCAUCAAAACUAAGCAGACUGUUCAGUUAGUAUAUUGGUGCCCUACUGGUUUCAAGUGUGGUAUCAACUAUCAGCUACCCACUGUGGUACCAGUGGGUGAUCUCGCCAAGGUGAAGGAAUGGAGGAAAGUGAAUUCUCAUAAGCCUGUGAAGAUCUUGCUGCUCUCGAGAAAGACUAUGAGGAAGUUGGCGUAG